AUGUCAUCCCUCGUACACGGACCACCAGAAUGGCAGAAUACCAUCAAAGAGAGGUUGAUGGCCAAGCAAGUGGAGAAUGAAGUAUACAAGGAUAUCGUAGGUCAAUAUCGCAGGCUGGCUAAAACAGCGAGAGAGUUGAAAGUGCGUAAUAGGGCUUUGGCGAAAUCCGGUGGUGGACCAUCAUCAGCUGAGGGCUCAUCAGCCCUUUUAUCGCACCUCGAUGCCCAACUGACCUCCCUCCGUUCCGAGCUAUCCACACUAUAUCGUACACAAGCGGCAUCUCAGAACAAACAGCUCUCCAUGGCUGAUGCCCUGCGAGAUAGAGAUGAGGAGGUCAAAGGGUUGAGAGACGAAUUGAGGGAAUUGAGGGAUCAGAGGGAUAACGCAUAUAGGAAAGAUAGGGAUUGGGAAGAGCGUUGGAGAGUGAGGAAUAAAGAUAUGGAGACACUAAACGAUGAACUUCUUUCACUCAAUCUCGAACUUUCUUCCCUCUCUCAGCAAAAUAAACUCCUAAAAGUGGAUAACGCCAACUUACUCCAAAGGUGGAUAGAUAAGAUGAACCUUACUGCCGAGGAGAUGAAUAUCGAAUUUGAAAAAGAGCAAAACCAGAAUCAAAACAAGGCUAUCAAGGAAGAUGAUGAUGAUGGCGAAGGAGAAGGGGAAGUACCAAUAAGUAUAUCAGUAUCAGGUUCGAUGGAGGAUCUAAAGGAAGAUAACACUCCAACCGGAAACGAAAGGGACAGAGACAAGGGUAAAAGUAAAAGUAAAUUGCCAGAUAAAGUUCAAACAUCAUCAUCAUCAUCAUCUCAGACACUUAAAACUCCCGCUCUCGAUAAACCCAAAUCUACAACAUCAAUACGAGCUAAACUUGCUGCUUCUACGCCCACACCCAGUACAGGUACGAGUAGAACUAGGAAUAUAUCUUCUGCUUCUACUAUAAACGUCAAGGAGAAGGAGAAAAAGGAUUUUCAAUAA